UAAAGACUAUAUUUGGGGUUUGAAGGGGUGCAGAAAAAACUGCAUUCAGGCCGUAUGCGGUGUUUGCAGUUGCAUACAAAUAGGCAGCACGAUAGACGAUGGAGUUGUGGUCUCUGCGAUCAGUCCGAUAACUUUAUCGCGAGACACACCAGAUAAAUUUGGCUAUGAUUGUUGUGCCUCUCUCAGCAACACCAGCAACUCAUUCUUUUUGGACAUAUUAAAUGUGAAGCAACGCAAAGCUGUCCAAGAAAUUGAAAUGGGACGCCCAGAGCCCUGCGUUUUAUUCGCCCAGUCUUUUGUUCAUCCUCAUCUUGACGAAUAUGUUGAUGAAAGGUGAUUGCAUAGGAUUUACCAUUUGCAGGUGGGAAUGACAAGCCACCCUAUUCUCGCUUGUGAUUGGAAAUUUCCAUGGGUUGGCAUGAUUGCAUCAAUGUCAGAUGUGAUAAUUGCUUAUGCAUUCUCUAGAGGUGACGGACAUGGAUUAAGCUCAGGAAGCUCAGCGAGUUACCACCCUAGUGGCUGGGGUAGUAAUCCAUACAAAUGUACGAUUCACAGAACCUGUUGUAAUCAGUGCUUGUGAAUUUUUGGAACAAAAUGCUUCUGCUUCCUGUCCAAUGAUAUCACUUUCAGGAGCUAGCUUUCCCCAGUCAUUUGCACUGGAGGCUUUUGUACAAUGUGAAGGGGACGCUCGCUUCAGGCGCCUUUGUCAAGCCUUUCUAUAUUCACCAUCAUCAUCAAAUAUACUUGAAGUUCAGCCUGUUGUAACAAACCAUCUUGUGAUCAGAGGCAGUUACCGCACUCUAACAUUGGUUGUCUAUGGAAACACUGCUGAAGAACUGGGGCAAUUUAGUGUGGAAUUCGAUUUGGAUAAUUCUUUGGCGAAUCUAGUACGUUCCCAUGCAGAGGGUAAGAUUGAAGAUCUUCCUUUAGCAUUGCAGUCUUUCAAACCAACAUUUGAAGAAUCCAUAUCUUCAGUGAAAAGAUUGCACCUUAAUAUAAAGCCUCAGCCAUCAAUAGAAGUUAAGGAAAUCCUCAAUUUGGGCAUCAAGAUUCUUCAGACAUGUGUUGAUGAAACGAGUGCUCAAACUCUAACUGGUAGUCUUUUGUUGGCGGUGUCUCCCUAUCUCUUGCAUGAAUUUUCAGCCGUUGCAGGAAAUGACAAACACAAUGACAUCAUGCAAUAUAAUGUAAAGAGUCACCGACAAUUUUCAACAAACUUGGUCAAAGUUAAAAUUGAACUCUUGGACCUAUAUAGAAAGCUUGGUUCAAAGACAAAUGAUAUGCAAAGUGGAAUUUCAGAACAUUUUGAGUUGGAUGAUCACAUGCAACCAGUUACAGAGGGUCUAGUUUUGGAUAUUUUCCAGCAGUGUUUUCAAUUUGAUAAGGAUCUUGUCAGUGAUGGUAUUUCCAUAAAUAGUCAGAUAAGUAAAUUGGUUGCGGGAUUGAGUAUGGUGCACCUACUGUGCACAGAUACAGAAGGUUGUUGCCAAUUUGUAAAGGCAGGCGGGAUGCAGUAUCUUAUUAAUGUUUUACAACAUGAUUUGGGUAGAUCAACCAGUACAACCUUGCUAGCAUUGGGAGUUGUUGAACAUGCCUGUCGCUAUGCAGUUGGUUGUGAAGCCUUUUUGGGAUGGGUGCGACGUAAAGGUGAAAGUGUUCCAACAGGUACUAGUGAAGGCUACAGUACUCUUUUAAAGUUACUGCUACAGAGGCCACGCCACAGUGUUGCCUGUCUUGUCACAAAACUUCUACACCGUUUGCGGGCAUAUGAAAUCAUGGUUAAGUUUGAGUCUACAGUUGGGUCCUUGUUGGAGAAUCUUUCAGCUAAUUCUAAAGUUUCAGAGUCAGGCAUAAAGGCUCUUGUUGAAGCCAACUCAGAAAUAAAAAGGCUCUUGAAAUUGUUGAACCUUCGAGAGCCUACUGAGGAUCCAUCACCCGUAGCACAUGCCAAGCGACUACUGCUAGAUCAGGACGAUGACGUGCUUCCAUAUAAAACAACAGUUGGCUUAAUUGGAUCUUCUAAGUAUUGUGUUGCUCAGAGAGACAUGGAUUCUUAUUUGCUUUCUUUGUUAAAGGAGAGAUGUUUCCUUCCUUUAUUGGCUGCUUUGCUUUCAUCACCUAGUCUACGUUCAGGAACUGGGUAUACUCUGGAUAUUUUUGUAGACCUCGUCACAACUAUUGAAGCUAUACUUCUUUCACUUCUUUUAUGUCGUUCUGGGUUAUUGUUUUUUGUGAGUGAACCUGAAGCUACAGCAGCUCUUGUUGUUGCACUGCAAGGGGUGGAAGAUAUAAACAGAGAAGAAUUUCUAUCUCUGAGAUAUGCAGCAGUGAUGAUAUCCAAGGGUUUCUUUUGUCCUCCACAGGACAUUGGUAUGAUAGUUGAGACAAAUCUUAGAGUGGUGAGUGCCAUUGAUCGGUUGAUUGGUGCAGCUCUUCACUCAGAAGAACUGCUUUGGGCAUUGUGGGAUCUUUGUUCCAUAUCUAGGUCUGACAUUGGAAGGCAGGCGGUUUUAGCUAUAGGGUUCUUUCCAGAGGCAAUAUCUGUUCUGAUGACAGUUUUACAAUCUGGGAAGGAAUCGGAAUCAUUGAAUGCAAAUAGUGUAUCAGGUACUAGCCCAUUGAGCCUUGCAAUUUUCCAUGCUUCAGCAGAGCUGUUUGAAGUUAUGGUGAAUGAUUCGACUGCUUGCAGUAUGAAUACCUGGAUUCCACAUGCAGUUGAUCUUCAUAAAGCUUUACAUUCCUCUUCUCCUGGUUCCAAUAAGAAGGAUGCUCCAACAAGGUUAUUGGAACGGGUUGAUGCUGCAGUUGUAUAUCACAAAAAAGGAGCCAUUGGACUAUUAAGAUAUGCUGCUGUUCUGGCAUCGGGUGGGGAUGCCCAGUUGACUUCAACAAGUUUCUUGAUAUCGGAUCCAAUGGAGAUUGAGAAUAUUGCAGCAGUUGAUUCAGGUGGAAGUGCAGAUUUCCAGUCUGUUGAGAGCAUACUCGGAAAGCUUGUAACGGAUAAACUUUUUGAUGGAGUUAUAUUGCGCGAUUCAUCUGUGCCACCAUUGACAACAGCCAUGCGGAUCUUGUCAUUUCUUGCUGAGCAUCCGGGAAUUGCUGCAGUUCUUUAUGAAGAAGGAGCAGUUACUGUUGUGUAUGUUAUUAUAAGGAAUUGUGCUAUGAUGUUAGAAAGGUCAUCUAACACUUAUGAUUACCUUGUUGAUGAAGGGGCAGAAUGUAAUUCUACAGCUGAUUUGCUUUUGGAGAGAAGUCAAGAGCAGUACCUCAUUGACAUGUUGUUUCCUUCUCUUAUCUUGUUGCUUACCGUACUAAGGAAAUUGCAGGAAGCUGCAGAGCAGCAUCAUAACACAAAAUUAUUGAAUGCAUUGCUCCAGUUACAUCGUGAAAUCAGUCCAAAAUUAGCUGCUCGUACUGCUGUUCUACCAUUUUGUUUUGCCAGCUCAACACUUGCAUUGGGAGGUGUCUGCCACCUGCUUGUAUCUUGUGUAGCAUGUUGGCCUAUUUUUGGUUGGACACCUGGAUUGUUUCAACGUCUUUUGGAAAAUGCUCCAGCUCCUGCCUCUUUGGCUCUGGGUCCAAAGGAAGCAUGUAGUGUCCUUUACAUGUUGGGAGAGCUAUUUCCGGAAGAGGGUAUUUGGCUCUGGAAGAAUGGUACUUCGUCUCUCAAUGCUCUGAAGACAUUAGGUGUUGGAACACUUCUAGGUAUAAAGAGUAUUGAGGAUAUUGAUUGGUACUUACAACCUCAUCAGUUUGAGAAGACGCUGAGUCGACUGCUUCCACACCUUGACAAGAUAUCCCAAAUAGUGUUGCAUUUUGCUUGUGCGGCUUUGGUAGUAUUGCAGGAUACCCUCAGGGUGCUGGUAAUUCGAAUUUCAUGUCAAAAACCAGAUUCUGGUGCUGUGUUAUUGCGGCCAUUACUUUGUUGGGUACAGGACCAUAUCAAUAAUGGAGUUACAAUUUCAGAAACGGAUGCUUUCAAGGGUGAGCGGUUGCUUGAAUUUUUAGCUGGUUUACUGGAGCAUCCUUUUACAAAGAAGAUUUUGAUGAGUGAAGGGCUACUUGAUAUUCUGAUUAGCGCACUGGACAAAAUAAUUGAAUCGUCAAUCAUAGGUGAGAAAUUGUCAAUGGAGAACAGGGUAUCUGUGAACGAUGAAUCCUCCCUGUGGAUGCAAUGGUGCCUUCCUCUAUUCAGGUCAUUUUCGUUCAUUUGUGAUCCAGGAGUUUCAGUUUACCCAACUACAGUGAUUAGCAGACGACUCUCUGAUUGUCCAUCUUUUGAGGGGCAUUGUACAAUUAUUUCACGCCUAUUAAAAUUCUGUAUUGUUUCAAAAGUUGGUAAGGAAUUACGAGCUUGCUGGGAUGUUUUAACGAGUUUGUCCAGUCACAACUUAGGAAGAUCUGCUUUUGCAUUUGUAUCUAUACAAAUGCGAUCAUCUGUUGUAGGCAGAGACACAUCAAAGGAAAGUGAAUAUGUGUUUGCUACUACAAGUUCUGAAGAACCCAGUCAUGUGGCAUCUUGUCCUUUAUUAUCUUGCUGGCAAAAAUUGUUAGCAGCAAUGGAGAAUGAUGAUCAUAUUUCUGAUGAAGCUAUUGAAAUUGUAAGAUGCUUUGCUAUAGGCAUCUUACAUCUAUGUGCAGCAGGUAAAAGUUCACAUGGCCUUGUCGCAUCAAGGUCUCUUUUUGGGCUUGAAUGUGAGUCAGCAGAAAGUCAGAAUGAAGAGAACUUGAAACAUGUACUUCAGAUGAUUGAUCUUCUUAACUUGAAAAUAAGUGGGGUGGGUGCAGAAGUUUCCUUGCAUAUGCUGACAAAAUUAGAGCAGACCAGGGCAGCUGUAAGAUCGAUGCAUUGUUUGCUGGAGAAAUCUAUGAGUAUAGUUCAUGUGCCCGAAAUUGUGCCAGAAAUUGAGCUGCCAUCUUCUGAUCUUUCAUUUUCAUCUUGGGAGUUGCCACCCCAUUCAGCUAUCAAGUCAGAAGUUCUACUGAAAUGCAUCAGCAAAGGAUCGCAAACAUCCAAUGAAGACCUUGAAGAAUUACAAAAGGGUAUUCAAAGAACUGAUGAGUCAUACUUCUUUGGGCGUCUUGCAGAUAAAUUUAUGUGGGAAUGUCCAGAUUCCUCACCUGAUCUACCUACGAUUACAGUGCCAUCAUUAAAGAGAAAAGCAGCUUCAGUUGAUGGCUCAAAUAGGCGUCAACGAGGAGAUGUAGGGUCAGUAGGUGGAGCAGAAGCCACUGCAGCCAGCUCAUUUGUUCGUGCAGGAGGUACAAGUGUUUCCUCUUCUGGUCCAUCAAGAAGGGAUGCAUUUCGCCAACGCAAGCCUAAUACGAGCAGACCACCAUCUAUGCAUGUUGAUGAUUAUGUUGCAAGAGAACGAAAUAAUGAUGGUAUGAGUAGCAGCUCCAAUGUUGCAACUGUUUCACGUGCAGGCUCUACUGGUGGCAGGCCACCAUCUAUCCAUGUUGAUGAGUUUAUGGCCAGACAAAGGGAACGUCAACAGCUAGUAGCUUCAUCAGGUGGAGACUUGCAACAACCUGUGCAUACACCGCUACCUGAGACAGAGGGUACUAUUGAUAAAGUUAGUAAGUCUAGACAGAUGAAGACUCACCUUGAAGAUGACUUGCAGGAAAUCAAUAUUGAGUUGGAUGUUGUUUCUGAGUCAGACGAUAUGUUGCAGUUCCCACAGUCUGAUGACUUUUUACCAUCUGCUCCAGGGGGUUUACCUGGGACUAAUUCAUCUGAUUCACUUGCUGAUGAUGCAGAAUUCAACACUGGCAAUGCUCCACAUUUUAUUCAGAGUACAAAGGAUACUCCGUCUAACCCAUUGGAAGGUCUCAAUCCUGCAAGUGGUAUAUCUAGAGAGCCUGUUACACAGUCUGAGGGUGGGAUUCAGAGACAUGGAAGUCUUACUGGGGAUAAAGGACAAAUAAACCAGAUAGUCAGUGGUGAAACACAAUUCCAUCAGGACCAAUAUAACAACCGAAUGCAAAACACAAGGCCCAUUUCUUCUAAGGGUUAUGAGACGCUUUCUAUGUCAAAACCACCAGAGACUAUGAUGCAAUUUUAUGAUCAAAGAAAUGUCUCAGGAGUUAUUCAAACAGUAGCAGAGCAGGGAUCUAUGUCUUUCUCUGCACUUCAUCAUGGUUCCAAUCAAUCACAGCCUGGUCCUGGCCCAACAUUGACUGUGUCCCAGUCUCAUUUUGAACAGAAAGCUCUUGCACAUCCACCUCCAUUGCCACCUUUGCCACCACCUCCAGCGAUUCCUUCUGGUUCAACUCCGCAGAGAGUUGAAACCAGUAAUUUGCAUAUGUCUUCUUACAUGCAUUCUGCAAGAGAUGUUCAACCUCCUCUUCCUUCAGGUUUACCUUUUCAGGCAUAUGAUUCUGUGGUGAGUGGUCCAGUUGCAUCGUUGCCUGGAAGAGAUCAAAAUUAUACAGCUCCAAAAGAUUACUAUAAGGAUGGUGUAGGCAGUAGUAUGAAUGCAACCACUGCACCACCAUUACCUCCAACUGGUUCUCAUGCUCAAUUGGAAGUACCCCUUCAUCAACCUCCACCUUUACAGUUUCAUCCUGAACAAAUGCGACCAGCUGGUUAUGGUUCUAUUGCCUUAUCCACCCCUCCACGUCCUCUUUUUGAUUCUGUAUCUGGUGUUAGCACUUCAACAACACCAUGGGUUGGUGUUCCAUCCACAGCCAGAAUUUCUGAUGAGAAUAUUUCUUCAAGUAGACCACCUCCACCACUUCCUCCUAUGCCUCCACCAUUCUCUGCCCCUCCAGUUUUACAAGCAUCUGUGCAAGGUUCAACUGUCCCACCAGUAUCUGGCAUGUAUAUUCAGUCAAUUCCAGCUGCUCCACUGCCUCCAUCUGGUUCUUCAAGUGAUAAGCUGUUUGGAAGCUUUUCUGCUUCUAGCAUUGGACAAAGUUCUGUUACUCAGUCUCAUCCCUUACCACCUGCUUUUGUACCUCCUUUGCCACCUGGUCGGCCUAUGUCAUUGUCAGGAAAUCUUUCCAGUGGUGUUUUGGCUCAACACCAGGGACAAAAUCAGCAAACUCAAACACAUCAUGGUCAACAGCCUUUACAGCCACAACCACCUUUACAGCCACGCCAGCCUCCUCAACCUCCACAACCACCCCGUCCUCCCCCACCUCAGCCUCCUCAGCAGCCGCGGCCCCCUCUUCAGCCUCACCAACCAUUGGAACAGAGACCACAAACUCAUACACAAGGAUCUAUGCAUCCACCACAUCUGCAAUAUCAACCUCAACCACCGUCACCACAGCAAAAUCAGCCCCAACAGACUCUGCAGCAGCAUCCACAUUUGCAGCAGCAACAAGCUCAGCAGCCCUAUUAUUCUCAACAGCCACAGGAAUCCCAUCAGCAGCAACAGCAUGAUCAAGGAGAACAUCUUCUCCCACAAUAUCAUCAUCAGCAAGCUGAGCAUGCUCAACAUCAAAACCUGCAGCAACAAGACUCAAGUUUGAGGCUGCAACAGUAUUUCAGUUCGCCUGAAUCUAUACAGGCUUUAUUGAGUGAUCAAGAAAAACUACGUCAGCUUUUGGAACAGCACCCAAAGUUGAUGCAAAUGUUACAGGAAAGACUAUAACAGUGGUCGUUAUGUACUUAGAGUGAGAUAGCAUUGAUGAAUACAAAUCAUUUGCCCAUCAACAGAACCAUGCGAUGUUCAGAUUGAGAUUUGGACUGCAUGGCUGCUUCUGUGUUACAACUAUUACAACUUUCUAUUUCUACCAGUUAGUGCUUAUAGUUUUUAUUUCAGACCUUAGAUUUGAGCUUAAUUGUUGCUUGGAUAAGUGCUAAAUUUCAAGUUAGAAGCUUUCGGAGUCAAGUUUGAAAGAUAUAUUGUACCUGCCAUUAAUUUUCAGUUUCUUUCAGAAAUGUAAAUAACUUCAUACAGGAAUCGUGAAAUGUGAAUCUCAGUAGCAGUUUGAUGUGAAGAUGUUCAUCUAAAAUCUGAAUGUUUAUUCCAUUUUCCAGAUGAUUAUGUUGACGUGUACUUUUGUAAAUUUUUUUGACUCUUUAAUGCUGGUGCCAUCAUUUGUAA